AUGACUGGCACCAGGAGAAGCAGUCGCCAUCAAGGCAAACCAGAAAAAGACAGACCCAGCUACACCGAAGAGCAAAGCGAUCCCGAGAGCCACCACGCCGUAAGCAGUCAAGAGGAAGAACGCAACCUCAUGAACUNNUCCAGGGUGAUACUCCUGAGAAGAAACGCAGACGACACUGGUAAUGAAACGUACCUAACCCAAGCCAAAAGAUGGGUCCCCGGCGCCGAUGUCNCCCCUGAGCUGAUCAAAAUUUGGGCGGAAGCAAACCCACCGACUUCACGCCCUGGCUCAGGUCCAGAUGCCGAGGUCAACAACGUAAGGAGAGACCAGGAUGACGGAUUCGAGGUACACUACAGAAAAAAAGGCACAAAUGAAGCAGGUAACCCCUGGGCCUUCGCAUGGGUCCCUGUCAGUGCAGCAGACCCAGAAAAGGUAUUUGUCAGGGCGAAGGUCGAGAAAGAGAGCGUUGAACAACGCAUGCAAGGCUUGAGACCAGGUCCACGACUCUCUGGUCUCCAAGACCGUCUCCGUAUGCUUGACGAUCUACUUGAUGGACAUACUGUGGAGCCAGUCAAACCACUCUGGAUAUCCGAUUCUCCUUCACCUGCAGCCCACGACACCAAAAUCCCAGCACAUAUGCCACACUACCCACUCCCUACACCAUUCCAAGGCCAUUGCGACAAUACCACUCCGCCAUCGGAGACUCUCACGCACACCACCCUCGUCGCAGCAUGUCAAUCCACGAAACACCUCCCAGAUGCCGUUAACCCAAACGCCACGCGUCAUUUCAUCUGCACCACCUGCCACAACAACCCACCCAUCCACCGCCUCACCCCGCGCGAAUAA